AUGUUGCAAGCGUACAGCCGGACCCCGUCCCGCCGCCUUGUCCGGCGCAGAGGCCGCUCCAGGCGCUGCUACUCGCCCUCGGAGUGGUAAGACACACAUACACACACACAUCCAGCGCUGGGCACCCCAUGUGCACGGGCACCCCAUGUGUACGGGCACCGAGGAGUCGGCGUCCGGACACCGCAGCAGCUCCGGGACUGCCAGCCCUGGUCAGGGCACCGGAACAGCACCGGGACUGGGUCAGCGGGCACCGGCACUGCCAUGGCUGAGAGGGUCCGGGUCCGGGCACCUAGGAUGAGCGUCCCGAUCCGGGUAUCGGAGCAGCACUGAGAAUGGGGUACCGGGCAGCAGAGGAGCACCGGGGGCAGGGGAGUGGGGCCGGGGACCAGGCGGCGGAGCAGCCCCGGGGGGUCCGGUGCUUCGAGGCCGGACACCGGAAAGUCCGUGGGAGUCUGGGCACUGGAGAAGAGUCUGGGGAGUGGGGGUCACGUACCGGGGACCACCCCGAAGCUGAGGGUUCGAACACAGGGACAAGCCCCUCGAAGGGUCCGGCCACCCCCGGCCCACUUCCCCACGUUGCCGGCUCAUCCCGGCACGCUGGCCGGUGCCUGCCCGCCCUUGGUGGCUGCCAGUGGCCCGGGCCGGUGUCACUCAGGCUGGUGCCUGCCCGGGGAGGGAGCUGCGGGGUGAGUCACAGGCAGGAAAACGAUUGCAUCAGGAACGGGGCUGUUUUUCCAACUGGGGCUCUCGGAAAAUCCUGCUCCCGCUUCCCUCCAUCCAUCGCUUCUCUCUCCAGUGCCAUGGAGAGGGAAGCGAGCGUCUCGAUCAGCAGCUUGGUGCCCACCUCCGCCAGCACGUCCCCCACGGCCACUUUCAAGGAAGAGCUGCUGUGCCCCAUCUGCUACGACCCUUUUCGGGAAGCCGUGACGCUGGGCUGCGGCCACAACUUCUGCAAGGGCUGCGUGACCCGUUCCUGGGAGCACGGCGCUCACGUCUGCCCCGUGUGCAAGGAGCGCUCUUCGCUGGACGACCUCCGCAUCAACCACACGCUCAACAACCUGGUGGAGAAGAUCCUCAAGGAGGAACGACAGAGGCGAGGCCAGGCAGCCGCCCUCUGUCCCCUGCACCACCAAGAGGCCAAACUCUUCUGCCUGGAGGACAAGGAGCUGGCAUGCUUUGCCUGUCAGAGCUCCAAGCAACACGAAGGGCACAAGCUGCGGCCGGUGCAGGAGACAGCGACAGAUUUCAGGGCUUGUGAGGUUCCUGAAGGCAUUUCAUCUCCACAGGCCAAGCUGAAGAACAUGGAGACCUCCCUGCGGGAUAAAGUGAAGGAUUUUGGGACCGCCCAUCGUGCCUACGAGUCCAUCUUGAAACACAACCAGGCGGAGGUGACGCAGCUGAGGGAGCAGAUCAAGCAGGAGUUUGAGAAGCUGCACAGCUUCCUGCGCGCUGAGGAGCAGGCACUGCUGGACGAGCUGCAGGAGGAGGUGCAGCACAAGCAGGACUUCAUCGAGGGCAAGAUGAAGCAGCUGUUGGAGAGCUGCCACACCCUGCUCAACGAAGCCAAGCAGCUCCAGAACGACCUCAAGGAGGACGACUACACCUUCCUCAUGGCUCACAAGAACCGCAAGCGCAGGAUUGCCUGUACAGCUGAGGAACCAGAGGGCAUGCCUGUAGGGAUGCUUUUUGACGUUGCCAAGUACCUGGGCUCACUGCAGUACAACGUGUGGAAAAAGAUGCUCAACAUCAUCACUGUAGUCCCCUUCACCUUCAACCCCAACUCCGCGGCGGGCUGGCUUGAGGUGUCAGAAGACCUCACCAGCGUCACCAACAGAGGCUACAAGAUGCUGGUGGAGAACCCUGAGCGCUUCACCUCGGCCCCCUGCAUCCUGGGCUCUCGGAGCUUCUUAGACGGCUUCCACACCUGGGAGGUGGACCUGGGCGGCGUCACGAACUGGCGGGUGGGGGUGGCUCGGCCGCCCAGCGGCGCCCAGUGGACCUUCCACCACGACGCUCGCUCCGGCUUCUGGUACAUCUAUCACCUGCCCGGCAUCGACAUCGAGAUGGACCGAGCCUCCAACGCCACGCGCCUGGAGACCGCCCUGGGCAGCGUCAAGCGCAUCCGGGUGGAGCUGGACUGCGACGAAGGGGAGCUGUCCUUCUACGACGCCGACCGCCGGGCCCACAUCUACACCUUCCACGAGAAGUUCAGCACCGCCGUCUACCCUUACUUCUACGUGGGGCCGGCGGCCGUGGGCGCCGUGCACGAGCCCCUCCGCAUCUGCCCCCUCCGGGUCCGCGUCCAGGAGGAUGUCUCUGUUUAACGGCCGCCGCCGCCGCCACCUUCACCUGCAUUUGGGGUUCCCCAGGUGCUUUUUCU